AUGGUAGACUUUCAAACACGGGUAUCAUUUAACAACAUUGUUCCCUGUUUCAUUGAUCCAGAACAUCCUGUUAAUAUACCCCCUCAAUAUGGAGAUGAUAGUGACAACUACAUUGUCAACUCCAAUACGCUGAAACAAAUUCUCAAGGACAAACAACGGUACGGAUAUGGCAAGCAUGACGGCGCUACCGACUUGGAUUCUGGCGACUACUUCUCGACUGUUAAAUCACAACCCAGAAAUAAAUUCAAAAGACAACGGUUUCGUCUGCCACCCGCAUCUCGCUCAAUUCUUAAGAAUAGUGCUUGUCAGACACCUAUAGAUCACGACUAUAAAGACGUCUACAAUGAGCAAGACGACCUCAAGCAUGAGACCAUUCCUUCAGGUUCAAAUAUGGCACAGGGACGCAGAAAGUCAUAUGCUGGUAUGACGGACGAGGAAGUACUGGCCCUUGAUAAACAAUUCGCACAUGCUUCUUUGGAUCUGGAUAGCUUCAGCUUCACAUCCCAAUUAUCGAAACCAUCGUCGUAUUAUCAAUCCGGAUCAGCCUCAACAAAGACCACAUAUGGAAAGACAGGUUAUUCAAGAGAGUAUCCUACCAGACCUGUGAUCUCAUUAGGGUCAUACGGUUUAACCAUGAGCCAUGUAGGUGUAGACACCCCAAAGCCUGUAGAAAGUUAUCCAUCCAUAUCUGUGCCAGAAUCAAAUGCUAAGAAGGAAAUAUCACGUUAUUUGCAACGGGUUAAUGCCUCAGUGUUGGAAAGCACCCCCAAAUAUAGGGUCAUUUUAACCGUAAUUAGUGGCAGAAAACAUACAUGGAGUAGCUUAGAUUACAUUUUACGUGAUCUUGUUCAAGACAAUGACCAUGUGGUGGUAGUUGCUUCUUUGCCAGUCAGAGAAUCUUCGAAUAAAGUUAAGAUCAACUCUACAAUAGAGAAUCGCAACGACAAAGGUCUUUACCAAACGCCAAAAGCUUUCGAUGUUGAUCUUGAUCGCACGAAAGCUGUAUGUGAAAAUAUCCAGCGGUAUUGUCUAGAGACUUUGCGAGAGUCCCAUAAUCCAGCCAAAAUCAGAGUUUCUGUUGAGCUUCUCAAUUGCAAAAGCUCAAAACAAUGUUUGAAGGAUAUGUACAAACUGUAUCAGCCCGUGCUAACAGUUUUGGGGAUUAAGGAAUACACUCAGUCUCGUCAGAAUAGUUAUGUGCUUGGAAAAAAGCGAACAGCUUCAGUUACGAGCGUACUCGGUCCGGGGCUGAAUGGGAAAUAUAAGGUUGGUGAUCGUAGCAUCAUGAAGUUUUCUUCCUUUGCGAUUGAAAAAUCACCUGUUCCAGUCAUAUAUGUAAAAGAAUCUGCACAAGACGACACUAAGAAUGGAAUUGUAUUCAAGCAACCAUUUAAAGAUUCCAAGAAUGAUCAAUCUAUUGAAUUCGCAAGUAAAUCGGCUCUAGCCAAAGAUGACUAUUCGACACCUACCAUAUCUAUCGAUGAGGACAGUCUCGAUAAAAACGUUUCACCCAGCUCUUUGUUUGUUCAGCAGUUAAUUAAAGCUACCGAGAAGGGAUCUUAUAACACACUUCAAGCUAUUUCUAAAAGAGGUUCAGUUCUCUCUGAAAAUUCAGAAGUUACAGAUUACAGUGGUGCGAAUAUGUCAUCCAGCCCGGGGAUAUCUCGAGCGGUACAGUUUGAAUUUGAUGACAUGUCACCUAACGUCUAUAAGGUGAAAUCUCUACUCUCUGGUCCAAUGACCUCCAGUGGCUCAGGUGCAAAUUCUACAAAUGAAAUUUCCAGGAUAAAUACUCGACUGAGUAUUAACAGUGAUCAGGACAGGCGGAGAUCUAGCACGAACCUAAGUGCCGCUUCAAACAAUGCCUUGAAACCUCGUAGCAAGAGCGUUGGCUCAAGCUCCUCGACUGCUUCAACCAAGAAGGCAGGUUUCAUGAAAAAGUUGUUUGGCACAAAAAAGAAAUAG